AUGAUGUGGGGUCAACGACCUGGACGCAGAAAAGCACGCCUUAGCAAUCGCUAUGUCGCUGACUGGAAGAGAGCUGUCCAAAUUCCGGCCGAAUUUCUGGAUUCAGACCGUGGUGUUGAUAUUUUAAUUGCCAAAUUAGAUGUCUUCAAGAAAGAAACGAGAGAUGCCACAUAUGAAGCUUAUUUAGAAAAUUUUAGAAAAACAGACAUGUCAAUUGAAACCUACAUUAUUGAAUUCGAAAGAUUGAAUACCAGACUGCUCCUUGAUAAUGCUGGUCUCUCCACACAGGAACGUCAAAUGGCAUUAACUGCAGCUGCAGAUUUAACAAAUUUAGAAAUCUGCUUUGAAGUGGAAAUUUGGAGCCAGGUUGCCACAUCUAGCGUGAAACUAGAAGUAAAUGCUACAGCCAGCUCCAGGCGGUUUUCAAGAGGAAAAUAUCAAAUUUCUGAGAGCAGAAAUGAUGAGACACUUGAAGAUCCAGUUAAAGGAACUAACCCAUUGAACAGAUUUGACAAGCGUCCAAGAUGUCAGUCUACAUACCAUUGGGCUAAAGACUGUCAACAUAAAAAGGAAUCAGUCAAUAUUGCUACAAAUAGAGUUGAAGACACUGAUGAUUAG